CUUUUUCAGUCGUUUACUUUUCACUUUCCGUUGAAUUCCUCAAAAAAUUUUCUUACACAGCGACCUUUCAUCUCCUAGAGCCUUCAGCACGAGCAGCGAAUGCAGAGAAAGAACACCGCCGCGCUUCUGUGUCUGUGUCUCUUUUGCCUCGACGGAAAAUUGUCCAGAAUCUUGUUCCACAGUACCCAAGUCUUCUCUUUUCCUCUUUAUUUUCUCGGUUCGAUUUCUUUUUUUACCUGGCUUCCUCCCGUCCUUUUCGUCUGACUCUCUCUCCCCGUGUCUCACGACAGGUGACGCAGGCCUUUCUUGCGUAUUCGCUCCCAUUCUCCCGUUUUUUCUCCCUUUUCCCUUUCUUCUUCCUCUUCGUUUUUGCGUGCUUUCAACGCCACCCGGCGUCUUUCGUGUGUGGGGAAGACGCUCUCUUUCCAACCCUACGGGGCGUAGGUCAGCGUGCUGUUCGGCCAGCACCGGGCGUCUGGCUUGGUGGCGCAGUUCCUCUCGUAUUUCCUGCUCCUGGUCCAAAGGAGUCCAUUUUUCACCGUCCUUUGUCGAGUCUUUCAUUCUGUGUUGUCUGCGACUCCGCGUCUCCACCAUUUCUCCCUCCGGUACGUGUUAAGGCCGUCGAUCCUCGUGUCUGUCGGCAUUUCUUCCGGACUUUUUCUUCUUUCGAUUUUCGUUCCUUCUUCUCUUGGAGUUCUUUGCGUUCCUGCGUCUUCCUGCCUUCUGCCGCCCCUCUCACCCCGCUUCGUCCUUCGUCUAUUCCCCACGCGUGUCUUCUCUUCCCUCUUCGCGACCAUGUCGUCCCUGGAGGCCGUCCGAGCGGACGGGUACUACUACGGCCCAGAAUACGACCCGCAGAAGCACGGAAGUCUAAAUCAGUACAGAGGCUCCCACCCUUUGGGAGAUCGCGCGAAGAAGCUGGGCGAAGGAAUUCUCGUGAUUCGCUUCGAAAUGCCAUUCAAGGUCUGGUGCAUCGAGUGCGGCUGCGUCAUCGACAAAGGCGUGAGGUUCAACGCCGAGAAGAAGUGCAUCGGCACAUACUUCUCCACGAAGAUCCUCGAGUUCGCCUUCGCCUGUCCAAAGUGCAAGGCGCCCGUCGCGAUCACCACGGAUCCGAAGAAUGCGGAGUACGUUUGCAGCAGGGGUGUGCGGCGGAAGGUCGAGGCCUUCGACGCCGCAGACGCAGAGACUCUCUCGCUUCCGGGCGUCGAGGAGCGCGAAAAGAUGCACCUUAAUCCAAUGCUCAAGCUGGAAGCGCGCGGCGCAGGGCAACACGCAGACCAGGCUGAGAUGGAGCAGGUGAUCGAGGACUUGAUUGACCUGUCAGAGUCGCGGUCGGCAGACGAUUACGCAGCGAAUGCGGCACUGCGGGAGCGUUUUCGACUCCGCCGCGCGAGAGAGGAAAAACUCGCAAAAGAGAUCCGAGCGGUCGGCGCUGUGAAGGCUGCGGCUCUGCAGAUGAAGCACGGGGAAGUUGAUGACUUGUUGGCAGCCAAACAAAUCCGUUUCCGGGCUCGGAAGACCCCGCUCGACCGCCUCGUCAAGAAAACCGCCAUGAAAAUGACUUCCAUCUUUGACAAACGAAACGUCGUCCCCAACAAGUUCACGUCAACCGCCCUCCAGGACAAGGCCCUCGAAGCAGGCCUCAAACUCGGCCCUGCCCUCACGCGCACUGCAUGCAGGAAACCAAAGGCGACGAUCACCACACACAGAGACAGUGGAAGACGCGUUACUGGGUCUGGGGCUUGAUCGUGAAAAAAUCUGCGUCACAAACUAAACGCCUGGCCCCCCGGGAGGAGAUGUAAGGACUUUUCGAAUGUGCGUUUCCAGUCUAAAAGGGAAAGCCACAUGCAGGUGCUAAUACGGUUCCACCGUCAGAGGUGCUGCGUGAGGUCGGUUAGUAAUCGGGAGACAGCGCGUUCCCUGUCUACCCUUUAAAAAGUGUACAUACACACGAGAAGAGUCUGAAGUGUUCAAGUUCGUGGAUUCAGUGCUCGGGGCUCCCUGGCACUGGUUCACCAGUUUGGAGGUUUCUUUCUCGAGGGUGUUGAGCAUGACGAAAAUGUGAUUUGAUUGUUUUUGGACCUCGUCAAUGUGAAUUACACAAUACACAUGUCAAACAAUUCUAUCCCAACACACCUUCCAAAUCGACGCGUACGAGAAGGAAUUGGAGAAAGGCAGGCGUUUCGCUGCUGAACGUGCUUGCCGUGUGGCUGCUUUUCUUCCUUUUUCAAAUGUGCCAGAAACGCUCUUGGGAGAAGAUGCGCCCGUUUGCUUGUCGUGUUUGGGAGAGUUUUCGUUACCGCGGCUUCCAGUUCUCUUCGUUUUCCUGAUGGUAAAGUCGCGUUUUGGCGGAGGUCUCAGGGAUGGCCUUGUCUUGCUUUUAUGCGCCUGAGACGGUCCUCAAAAUGGUAGUGUUUCUUUGACAGAUCCGACAGCAAGACGAAUGUCAGGACUUCUGUAGAAAUAGCUAGCCUUCAACGUAUCUGUAUGUCUGUAUCGAGAAGUGCAUGCAAGCUGAUAGACAUGCACAGGCGGGCGUGUACGUCCAAAGUGCAUGCGUCUGGGACGAGUAGAGGUCUUGAAGUCUGCGGUGUGGAAAACGCAGUAAAUCUUCUCUUUGAUAUCGUUACCUACAGGUGUUUCAUUCUAUAGCUUUUGAAGCUUGGUUAGACGGGGGUCUCACCUGUGUCUACUCAUGUGAAUAUGCAUGCACUGGUGCGUAUUUGGGAUGUGCGUAGCAAAUUCGUACAUCUGCAUGUACGUAUGUGUAUGUGUAUCCCUGUAACUACAGCCAACUGUAUAGCGCAACAUAUGCAUUGAUACAAAACGUAAAUGUGCACAUCUGACAGAUGCGCUUACGAGUCUCAUCCUUUCAUGUAAAAGGAUCUGGGUAUCUGCAUGUGGUCCUACGGAUUAGGGGGGGUGUCGGCUGUAACUUGUCAACAGGUCCGUGAUUGGUACGUUUUUCCGUUCUCCCUUUUCCUGUUCAAACGAGGAUGUACAAAGGUUUUUCCUCGCCAACGGGAGUACAAAAAGAACCGUUUCAAAUUUAACUUUGCAGAAGCAAA